AUGGAAACUCCUGAAAGCCGAUUUUUGAUGAAAGUUAAAAAAGAAUAUGCAUCACUGAGAAGGAAUUCUAAAUCUAUUGCAAACCCAAAUAUGAGUAUAAAUUAUAGGGCAUAUGUAAAUCAUACAGUUUUACAAAUGGCAGUUUAUUUUGGACAUGAAGAAUUCGUCUCUGACUUACUUCGUAUGGGAGCUAAUGUUAAUAUAGUAACUUGUCAUUGGGGUACUGCUCUUCACGUGGCAGUCGCUGAAAGACGUAAAUCCAUAACAAAAAAAUUAAUCAAAGCUGGUGCGAACGUCAAUAAAAUAGGAUCUAAAAAUUAUUGUACACCCAUUUACAAUGCUUUGAUGACUUCUACUUUUCAGCAUUCGAUUAUUGAAGCACUACUUCAUAACGGCGUUGAUCUUAAUGAUAUGUGUGUUAAAACACUUACAAAUGCUGGCGAUUUAACACCUCUUGAAGUUGCAAUCUACAAUAAAAAGCCAACUAUUGUAGCAGCGCUGUUAAAUUAUAACGCUAAUGUUAAUCGCAUUAAUAUAAACAAACAGACGCCGCUUGAUUUUGCAGCUGGUUCAUCUUUAAUUGAAAAUAUUAUCAAAAGACAUAUUGUCAAGAUGAAAGCUGCAGGGUUUGAAAUUAUUGAAAGUAAUCAAUCAUACGAGUACUUUUAUUGUAACUCUUUUUGUAUACUUUUGUCAUCUGGCUAUACUGCCUUGGCAUUAAAAUUAAAUAAUAAAUAA